CCUUCCAGUGCCACCCGGGCUACGUGCUGUGGGGCAGCCAUGAAGCCAAGUGCCAGCCCGAUGGCCGCUGGGCGCCUGCUGUCCCCACCUGCGAGCCAGUGCUGCCGUGUCCUCCACCUCCCGUCAUCGCCCAUGCCACGCACAGCGCGGAGCUCGGGGCAAACUUCACCAGCGGCAUGUCCGUGAGCUACAGCUGCCAGCCCGGCUUCUCCCUCCUCGGACACCCCUCUGUCUCGUGCACGGCCUCGGGGAACUGGAGCCUCCCGUACCCACGCUGCGCAG